AUGGGUCACCGUGUUGCAGAGUGUAAGAAUGAUGGUCCGACUUGUUAUAAUUGUGGUGAACAGGGUCAUAUCAGUACACAAUGUCAAAAGCCAAAGAAGACGGUCGGUACUGCUGCCCAGAUUAAUGGUAGAGUGUUUACCUUGAGUGGUUCAGAGGUUCCCAAGACAGAUAACUUGAUCAAAGGUACUUGUUUCAUUAACAACAUUGAGUUAAUUGAUAUUAUUGAUACUGGUGCUACUCAUUCGUUUAUUUCUCUUGAGUGUGCUACGGGGUUGGGUUUAAAAUUAUCUCCUUUGGUUGGGAGUAUGGUUAUCGAUACCCCGACUAAUGGUUCGGUGACUACUGCGUUAGUCUGUUUGAGUUGUCCUUUCAUCAUUUAUGGUAAGAAUUUUGCGAUGGACUUGGUUUGUCUACCUUUGCAUCAAAUCAAUAUUAUUCUUGGAAUGAACUGGUUAGAGUUCAACUAUGUUCAUAUCAACUACUACAACAAAACCGUGAGGUUCCCAGAGUUUGGUGAUUGUGGAUAG